GUCAAAGCAGAAAAAGAAAAGAAAGACAUUUCAAACUCUCAAGUAUCUGAGGUUUUAAAAAACUUGACGUACAGACUGAGGAAUGCAUAGUAUGCAAGAGACUCAUUUCUUUACAACCUAAAUAGCAGAGAUCAAAAUUGUUAAAUCUGAAAUAAGUUAUUUUCCAUUCUUUCAUAAAGUCUGGCUGCAAUUACAUAUUAGUAGCUAACUUAAAAUACAUCUAAGUAUAUAACUUGCAAAACCACAAAAUUUUGCCAAGUAUUUUUUAGUUUUGUUUUGUUUUACCAAAUAUUUUAGAUUAGUAUUUCUUAACCCUAGCCCUGGAUGCCUACUGCCCUGCAUGUUUCCGAUGGCUCCCUGCUUUUACACACCUGAGUGAUUGCAGUUCAGUAAAAGGCUAUUAAUCAGGUAUCAAUUGAAGGUGGUUUUAUAAGUAACAGAUCCACAAGAUCUGUCUUGAAUUGCUGCUGAUUUGAACACUUUCUUCUUAAAAAAAAAGACUGAAAUUAAUUCCUUCAAUUUACUACUCUAAUAAUAUUUCAGUUCUUUUCUAAGUAAUUUGAGCUAAAAUAAAAAGAAAUAAAAAAGCUUUAGAAGAGUGAAAAGUUUGAUCCUCGGGCCUUAAAGAACCUUUGGACGCCUCUGCGAUGCUUGCUGAAGGCGUCGAUAUGAAGAAGCUUUCUUCAUUUAUUUCUGUUUUCUCUCCAAGCUCGACUUACAUUAAAAGUGAUGUGGCCCAUGAUUGGUUCCUCGGGAUUCUGAGAGAGUGAACCGUCUGUAUCUAUACCAUAUCUUUGAUGCCAAACGUACCAUCACAGGGCCUGACUAUUUCAAGAUCACAGUCCACAGUCUGCGUCCCUCACGGAUUUACAGAACAGCUAUUACACUCCUUUUGUUAGUACCAAACCAAACGCUUUCAAACUGAGGACAUGAUUUAGAGACGUUUAGCUACACCUACGAGCAUGUUGUUCAGAUUCGGUGUCAUUCUGACUCCGGAGUCCUCGGACGUGGAGGUUUUCGUUCUGGGUUCGCGUGAGGAAAUGGGUCACUGGGACCCGAACAGGGCGGUUCGGAUGAAGGCUUCGCAGAAGCUGCCGUCACCAGAUGAACCGUGUCUGUGGACGGGCGAAGUGGAGCUGGCCGAGCCGUUCAAAGACUCUCUGUGGUUCAAGUUUAUCAAAAAGGCCCGGGACACCUUUAUCUGGGAAGGUAGCGGACCAAGUCAUGACAGGCAUUGUUUAUAUGAUGAGAGAAAUGUGGUGAACGGAGUGUACUGCCACCCGAUUGGUCACUGGAUAGAGGAAACGGGACACACUGAUGAGAUGAGGCACACCACCAAUUUCUACUUUAAGGUUGCAGGUCAGAAGGCCAUACAUUUCUCCAGAGUUCUGCCACGUGUCUGGCUGGGCAGCUGCCCUCGACAGGUGGAGCACGUGACCAUAAAGAUGAAGCACGAACUGGGCAUCACCGCUGUGAUGAACUUCCAGACAGAGUGGGACGUAGUGAACAACUCCAGUGGAUGCAGACGUAACCACGGGGAAGCCAUGAGCCCCGAUGCCUUGAUGCAUUUGUACAAAGACUGUGGCAUUGUGUAUGUGUGGCUACCAACACCUGAUAUGAGCACAGACGGUCGGAUCAGGAUGCUUCCCCAGGCUGUAUUCCUGCUCCACGGACUCCUGGAAAAUGGCCACACCGUGUACGUCCACUGCAACGCCGGAGUCGGCAGGUCCACGGCGGCUGUAUGCGGCCUUCUCAUGUACAUCCUCGGCUGGAGCCUCAGGAGGGUGCAGUACUUUGUCACCUCCAGGCGGCCAGCGGUCUACAUAGACGAAGAAGCUUUAGUCCAGGCUCAGCAGGACUUCACCCAGAAGUUUGGACAGCUGCGAUCAUCGAUCUCUUACCCAGAAACGUGACAGCUGAGAAAGAGGACUGUACGGCGGUGCUACUCCUUGCCAGAGACACACAUCUAUCCUCAAAUCCAAUAAAUCAAGAAGGACUUUACCUCCCUCCCAGAGGUAUCUGCCUUCCAGACAUCAAGGAGUACAGUUGUCUCUCACAGUGCUUAUUUGGAGCAUUUCCUCCUUCAUGUUUCCGUCAGAAGCCAUCCUCAGAAAAACAUUAUUUUCAAGUCAUAUUGAUAUAAUAUAAUCCAUUAAGACGGCAAGCUUUCCUUUUUGAACACCACAAUCUCUCACUUUGACUUUUUGAAAGACAGAAUCUUUUCAUUCUUCUCUGAUUAAAAAAAACUGAGUUACUUUGAA